GUGAAAUGUGUCUUUGGACAGGAUGCUUUGCAAGAAUUUAUUCAAGGCCCAAUCAGUUGACACCAAACUCCCUGUACCUGGUUGGUCCUCUCGUCCGGACCAACGCGUAGCUGUCGAGAAGCACGAGCUGCCGAUGCUGGUGUUCACCUGCAGUCGACCUUCGUUUUCUCUCUCUUCUUUGAUCUCUGGCACUGAACAGAGGAUACUGGAAGCGGUGGAAGCGUAUGGGCUGUAUGGGGUUGUUGAUUGACCAAAGCUCUUGUCGAGAUCUGCCAGUGAAAGAGGUGGUCGGUUGAGGGGGUGUGUUGGGGGCAACAUGCACAUGAAGGCUUCGCUCGCGACCGUUCUUUCUUCCGCUGCCGGGCUGGCUCAAGCGCAUUCCUGCGCUCAUUUGGCGGGAUCCGGCCGAAACAAGGGCCGUCGUGCGAUUGUUUGUGACUACAUUGUGGUGGGUUACCAUGUGGUGGCCCAUGUUCAUGUUUGCUUGGUGCCUUCGGGUCCUUGGAUCCCGUGUGCAGCCAAGCUCGUCUGCAAGGGUCCUUUCAAGCUCGUCUCGAACGCGAACAAAUCCUAAAGACAUUUGCGCAAAGGGCAUCCACAUGCAGUUGAUGACGAGCCUUGCGGAUCAGCAUGCAGUGAACCCCAACUCAGACGUGGACGAAGAACAUCACUUCAUAUUGAGCAGAGAUUUGAUGGUGGGAGAGCAGGAGAGCGGCUGGUGUGCCGAUUUGGUGAGAAGCCCACCACUCUGGGAGGACAAGAACACUGAGAUUUGGGAUCCCGAUAUGUCCGAGGGGCUUUCCUUCUUGUACGGCCGCAUCUCGGUGGGCUGCGAGGAAAGCCCAGAAGGCAAAGCGAUCUUGAAGAUCCAACAGUACUCUUGCCGUGAAAUGGUGCCCUUCUCCACUAUUUGGGCCAACGACCCGGCGCCCAGCAAGAGGCUUGAAGACCAGGUACCCGUGUCCAGGUUCGAGUAUUCUGAGUUUACCUGCAGCAAUCCUCUUCAAGCAUUGCCCAGCCUUCUUCAUGUCGGACCCAUCCAGGUGCUGUCGGAAGUUGGCAGCUUAGAAGAGGCCACCAGCGCAUGCGAUGGACAGGAAUCCUGCCAAGCUGUUGCCAUCGAGGGUGGGCAGCGCUUCCACCUCCUCAAUGCCUUCACCUGCCCUUUGCCGCCGGAUGGCCUCGCCGGUGCCGAAUUCCACACCGGCGACGCGGUCCGCUUGCGCCUCUCCGCGAGCUCCGCGGCGGAGACGGCGGAGCUCGCGGUGGAGGGGAAGGUGUUGGAAGACUGGAACCUUCAGGACUUGGAAUCUGAAGUCUUCGUACAGUUUGCGGAUCGGGCGGAGUAUGUCUUGCCAGAGCACCUGGUGAAGGAGAAGGAGUAUGCAACCUCCUGGGAAGUCUUGCAGAAAGUCCGCAAGCGGAAGGUCUUUUGUGAGAGUUUGCUGCAGCAUUCCAGCUGUGACAUCUACAGCAAGGCAAUGGCAGAGAAACUUUUGGACGGCGCCACGCCCUCCAGCUGCCAAGAGGCCUGUAGCGAGCGCAUGGCAGCCAUGCCCUAUUUACGGAGCUGUUGUGUUCUUUCGGAUGGCAUUUGCGCUUUGACCAAAGGUGAGCUCUUUGAACUGGAGGAUGAGGACAGGAAAAAGUUCACGGAGUGGGCUGGCGAAUGCUAUCAGGAGAAGUGCUCCCUAGAUCCUGAGUGCGCCGUGGGCAAGGGCGACGUGCCUGCGGCGGGUGCACAUGGGCAAGAGAUUCCAGAAGGCACUCUUUUGUUCGACUUCGCUCAUCCCUUGAGCACGCCAUUCACACUGGAUCCGUCUCAAGGGUUGAUCUACCACGUGGCGGCCAAGAAGAACGAUCGACACGUUUUGGAUGCCAUGAAGGACAAGAAUCGACUCCUCCGCGUGGUGGGCCACGCGGACUCCACAGCUGGUCAUGAGAGAAGAGCGCUUGGGAAGUUGCCCAAGAACUUGCAGGAAUUGAACCCGAAGGUGAGGAAGCACUUGGCAAAGAUCCAAAAGAACUUGCAGGAGAGCUGCGAUCGGCUGAGCGCCACGGUGGGCCGUCGCUUCUUGGCCCCCAACCUGGUGGAGGCCGUGGCCUCCGACGCGUGUGAAACUCAUCGCUCACGACAUUCCAUGGAAAGCUGCGUGGUGAAGGCUGGCUGCCGAGCUGAAAGCCCGGAGGAAUCCAAGCACCCGGACUGGAUGCCUUUUUCUCCACUGGAAUUCUCACAACUCCCUUAUGAUUUGUUGGCCUGGCAACGGCCGGUGCCCUUCUGCUGUGCUUCGGCCUACUCCCUGGACGAGCGCCAGGAGCGGAUGGCGCGAACACUGCUUGAGAAGGCGGACGUGAAAGGUGUGAACCUCAAACGCAUCGAGGACCGCAGCGUGCGCGCCAGCUUGAAGGACUCGGUAGCUACUGGCACUGCGGCGCUCAAGAAGAUGUUGAAUCACCACGUGAGCAACGAUGAGGAGCUCGACUGGCUGGGGCAGAUGGUCCGUACUGCCUUGGAUCAGUUCAAGAGUAUCCUCUCCGAUUUGCAGGAGACGGUGGACACCGAGUCCUCGAAUGACCUGGAGAUCUCGGAGGAUGGCACCACCUUUUUGCAGGUCUGUGAGCAUGGUGACCAGAUCACGCCGAGCGGCAAGAACGCCACUGUGGUGGCCCGAUGGUCGCCAGAACACCAGGCAUUCCUGCAGAUUGACCCCGGAAAUGCGCUGAAGACCGUGUGGAACGUGAUCGCCUCCGUACCAGGUGCAGUGUUCCGCUACGGCCUGAAGCCCUUGUGGAACUUUGUGGCCAAGCCAUUGUUACGCUAUGGCGUAUCAUUGGUGAAGUGGAUCCUGGAGCACCCUCGUGCAGCGCUUUUUGUCGCCAAGUUCGGCGUUUUGGUCCGCGACCAGCUUUGCGAGAAGGUCUCCUGGCACAUCUACGGCGAUCCGGGCGUCAAUGCCGUGGGCGCUUUGGCCUAUGCAUCCGAGUCUGCCCAGAAGUUGACCGACUACGCGAAGCAGACCUUCUCUCCUGCGGUGCUGUUGACCGGGCUGAAGGAAGUCUUGGGCUCAGCACCCUUCAUGGACUCGAUCACCGAGAUGGGCAAGUUCAGCUUCUCCCUGCUGUUGGGCUGGACGGGCUUGGCCUCUGGCGGUGCGGCUGUGGCUCUGCUGGGCACCUUGUCCUCGAUCGUCGCCCAGGCGGGGCUCGAGGCUGGACGCCGAGCCAUGGAAUUGAUGAUCUACCAAGAGAUUGCCAAGGAAAUUCCAGCAAAUCUCUUCGACAUCAUGACCAAGAAAUGCCUCUAUAAGCGUGAGCCAGUACACCAGGUAACCUGGAACGCGACACAAUCGGAGGUGAUGACUGCUGGAAAAGAUGCAAUCCAGCAAGUUACCCAGACCGUGGCAGCUGCUGGGAAGACCUUGACUGAACAGAUGAGUCGAUGGAGUAGCUUGUUGUCCUCUUUCAAGGGAAGUGCCUGAGGUGCCGACCGGUGGCUUUUGUUGGGGCGCAGACUGACGGCUUUUGGGUUUCGACCGGGCGGAAAGCUGACCGGGCUAUAGCCACAGAGGUCGAAGCGCUGCUUCUGGGAGUCAUGCUGUGCUUUGGGG